GCCUGUCCAAUCAGAACCAGGAGAACACCGACAUCCUGGAGUUCCUCAUCAAGACGGAGAUGGAGGACACGGUGGCAGCCGAAACGGCAGCGGAUGAUGGGGUGGUUCACACGGAGGCCCCACCCCCGAGGGCAUCCCGAUGGGCUGGAGGAGAAUGACCGAGUGCUCGUAUAAAAUGAGUGAACAAGAAACCGAGAGGAUGAUUAAACUUCGAGCGGCCAACGAGGCGCUCUUCACCGGCAGGAAACAUUCGGCCAAGCCGGCCUGGAGAGCGAUUCUCUAUGAGCUGGGCCUUCAGGGCAAACUGACCACAGACCAGCUGGCCAAGAAGUGGGACAACCUGAAGAGGAGAUACAAGGAGCUGAAGUUUCCUGCUCGAGGCGUGGAGACCAACCCCAGCUCCUGGCCCUGGUUCUACAGAAUGAACGACGCCAUGGAGGGACGGUUCGCCGGCGCCGCGCCCAUCCUCACUCCCAUCGUGGAGGAUGAAGACGAUGACUGUGAGUCGCUGUCCCCGACACCCAAGAAGCGAGCCCGCCGGAGCCGAGGCGGGAUGGCCGAGUUCCUGACGGAGUCUGAGAUGGACCUGCUGGUGGAUAACGAGGACAAGAGCGGAUCGGUGGCUCUGAGCGAGCUGCACCGGAUGGGCGAGUUCACCUACAAACUGAGCGAAGACGACACGAGACGACUGAUCGAGCUGCGAGCUGCUAACGAGUCUCUGUUCACCGGCAGGAGGAACACCGCCAAACCGGCGUGGAGGGGAAUAGUGAAGGAGAUGGGUCUGACAGGGAAGAUAACACCUGACCAGGUUGCCAAGAAGUGGGACAACCUGAAGACCAAAUUCAAGGACCUGAAGUUUCCUCCUCGGGGGAUGGAGGGUCAGACCAACCCGGCCUCGUGGCCCUGGUUCCAGCUGAUGAGCGAUGCUCUGGAGGGCCGUCUGACGGGCAAAGCUCCCCGAGUGACACCCGUCUGGACCAACGAAGAGGACGGCGUGUUUGGCUCGUCCCCGCCUCCCGACAGAGACUGUUUGAUGGCGGAGAGGAGCAGCGUGUCGGAGCUGGAGAGCAUGGUGGGCGGAGACAAUGCGGAGUCCGACGGGAACGUCACCUACAUCGACGCCAGCGGAGAGGAGUGUUCGACGCCCUCCGACCCGACUUAUAAAAUGACCGACCAGGACACGAGGAGGAUGAUUAAACUUCGAGCUGCUAACGAGGCGUUGUUCACCGGGAGGAGGAACGCUGCCAAAGCCGCCUGGAAAGCCAUCCUGAAGGAGCUCGGGCUGCAGGGGAAGGUCUCCACCUACCAGAUGGCAAAGAAGUGGGACAAUCUGAAGAGGAGGUACAAGGACCUGAAGUAUCCUCCUGUCGGGAUGGAGAGCGUAGCAGACGGUGCCUCCUCCUGGCCGUGGUUUCACCUCAUGAACGAAGCCAUGGAGGGCCGGCUGGCGAGCAGCGCUCCCCUCCUGACCCCCGUCACUCAGGACGACGAUCAGCACCCGGACCCCGCCCCCAGACACAGGCUCCGUGCCGCCCCCGCACCUCCCCCUGCCCCACCGGCCUCCCACCCGUCUUCCUCGGACUACGCGCCGGAUGCGUUCGGAGACGGCGCGGAGCAGAACCAGCGGAGCUCAGAGACGUGCGACGGGCCGCUGGGGGGGCUGGAGAGGGAGUGGGAGAUGGUGGAGAGGGAGAGGGCGGCGCUGGAGCGAGAGAGGGAGAUGGUGGAGCGAGACAGAGCGGCGCUGGAGAGAGAGAGGGCGGCAGUGCAGGCGGAGAGGCUGUGGCUGGACCGGGAGCGGGUGGCAGUGGAGCGGGACAGAGCCAUGGUGGAGCAGGACAGGGCGGCGCUGGGCCGGGAGAGGGAGGUGCUGGACCAGAGGGCGCUGAUGCUGAACUCUGUGGGACACGCCGGGCACCUCAACGCCCUCAUGUAGACCGCCGUGUAGACGCCGCUGUGGGGGCGUGGAUUGUCCCUGUGCAGACCUCGUGGCGGGCUGACAAACCGCCUGCUGCACCUCUGUGGGUCCAGACUCUGGAUCCACAGAAGGACUGCUGUGAAGGACUGAGCUCGCUGAAUGGGCGGUCCUGGGAUCACACGGCUCUGCGUACAGGUCCCUAAUAAUCAGAAACAACGCCUGAGUCAGGUGUGGUUGAUGUCACGUUCAAGGUCGUGUUCUCGGGCGGCUGUCGGGCCGUCUUUGGAUCUCUGCAGCUGUUCAGCCGCGGGAGGAGGAGCGGAUCCAGCGCGGCAGACUGCUCCAGAAGAGGAGGAAGUGGUGGGAAGUCGACGCUCGGAUCUCAGCAGCAGUGAUGAAAACAGUCCGGAGCUGCCCGAAAACACGACCUUACUGUGGAGGCCAGUCGGUUUGUUUUUCUUUGGACCGUUCUGGAAGCUCCCUCCUGGGAUGUUGACUGGUUACCAGGCGUGCUGCACAGUCAGAGUGAGGCAGGAGUUUUGUUUCUGUGUUUAUGAAAGUUUCAUCAAGUUAAACUUGUUUCCAUCCUCACUGCCCCAGAGUGUUUCUUUCUUCUGUUUAAGAAACCAAACGGGUUCUGAGGGGUUAGUGAAAACUGAAGGAGGAACAGGCUGUUCCCGGGAAUCCCUCACAGUGAUCACACUUGUGUAAGAUGAUGCUUGUGUGCUUGAAGUGUCCAGAGGAGCCUUUAAUUAAAAAAAACAAAAACAAAACACCAAUUUGUGACUGAUGCCACUCGAACUGCACUGAGCAGCCAGAUUUCAAAAUAAAAGCUCCAGAGUGA